AUGGAAGUAGAUACUCCUUCAAAUACUCAAGAACAAUCAAUAAAAUCUUCCAACAAUGCUGAACAAUUCAAAGAUGAAGAAGAAGAAGAAGAAUUUCUAAUCAUGGCCGAUAUUGGACAUGAUAUUGAUCAACAAACUGUUCUUGAACAUGCUGUAAAGUCUGAAAUUCGAGCAAUUGAUAUUGAUGGUACAAAUCCAUUUAUUCAAAUCGGUCCAUAUACAUUUCAAGGUCAAUAUAAUUAUAUUCUUGGUACAAAUUUAUUUUUUAGUACAACAUCAACAUCUAUUGAUGAUAAUAUAAGUACAAGUAGUCGAACUGAUGAAGCAACAACAAAUACUCCAAAUGGAAAUGAUUUAAAUUUAAUUGGUAUAAGUGAUAAAAAAUUAAAUUUAUCACGUGUUUAUAUCUAUCCAAAAAAGAAUGAUGAUGUUGAUAAUCAAUCAAAAUCUUGA